AUGGUGAAGUUCCUGAAGCCGGGCAAGGCUGUGAUCCUGCUGCAGGGCACGUAUGCCGGGAAGAAGGCGGUGAUCGUGCGCGUGUUCAAGGAGGGCACCCGCGACCGCCCCUACGGGCACUUCCUCGUCGUCGGCCUGGCCAAAUACGUGAAGAAGGUGAUACGCAAGGCCUCGGCCAAGAAGAUGGCCAAGAAGUCCCGCGUCAAGGUCUUCCUCAAGCUCGUCAACUUCACCCACCUCAUGCCCACCCGCUACACCCUUGACGUCAAUCUCAAGGAGGUGGUCUCCGGCGCCCCCGACUCCCUCAUCACCAAGGACAAGAAGCUCACCGCCGCCAAGUCCGCCAAGGCCAAGCUCGAGGAGAGGUUCAAGACCGGCAAGAACAUGUGGUUCUUCACCAAGCUCCGUAGGAAGCGCCGGUCGCCGGUGGCCGGUCUCUGCCGGUUUGCGCCAAGGACGACGUGCUGCCUGCGACGGGCGCGUGAGCAGCGCACGCGGGAGGAAGACGAACGAUCGAGACUGUUCGGGUGGGAGAUCGACCGGACGGGACAGGUGGAUGGGCCGGAUCGCAUGGGAGGGACCGCGCGCGCACUCGUCCGCGAUGGGACGGAAUGA